AUGGCAGAUCCAACAAAAGCUGAUAUUGACACUAUUUUUAAACGAUUAAGAGCACUUCCUGCAAAUAAGGUAUGUUUUGAUUGUGAUGCUAAAAAUCCAACAUGGGCAUCGGUUACUUAUGGUGUUUUCGUAUGUAUUGAUUGUUCAGCAAGACAUCGUGGUCUUGGUGUUCAUUUAUCAUUUAUACGUUCGACUAAUCUUGAUACAAGUUGGGGAUGGCUUCAACUUCGAGCCAUGCAAGUUGGCGGCAAUGCCAAUGCUGAUGCAUUCUUUCAACAACAUGGUUGUAAUACGAAAGAUACUCAACAAAAAUAUAAUAGUCGUGCUGCUCAACUCUAUCGUGAAAAACUUUAUCACAUGGCAACAAAAGCAACGCAACAAUAUGGAACGAAGGUAAUAAAGUGAAUUCACUAUUUAGAGAAAGCAUUCUUCUGAGAAUGAUGACUUUUUUUUUCUAUUUAUUGGUAACUACUAGAAACCAUCAUACAAUAUUUAUUGUUUGUAUUUUUUGUAAUUUUUCAAUCAUUUAGCGUUUGUAACAUUAUCUUAGAAACGUUAGUUCAAACAAAUCAAUGAAUUCUCCUUGUCACAUGGAAAGAUUUAAAUUUGUUCAAUAGUCUUACGAGGAAAGGUCCCUAAGUAUGACUCGUCAAUUGAACUGAUAUUUUGCCAUAAGUAAACUUCAAUGAGAUUAGUAGAAGCCUAUAUAGAGGUUCAUCCCCAUACACUGUCGUUCUCAAUUUAUUAUAAUUUUACUAAAUUGAAAUAUUUCUGGCAAGUUAUUUCUCAAAAAAUUGAAUUCCGACAUUUCAACUUGGAAAUUUACCUAUACGUAGGUCCCAUGGAUAGUAGAAUGUUUUGAAACUUUGAGCCUAAAACGAUGUGUUCUGCUUGAGAUAUUGAAUAUUCAAAAAUAAUCAUGCGUUACAAUAUAAAUAGGGAAGAAUAACGUAUGAGGACAAAUAUUUAUAGAUUUCUACUAGUGUUGUCGAGACCUAAUUAUGAGCAAAAUAUCAGUUCGAUUGGUGAGUCACAUUUGGAACUUUUCUUCGUCAGAUGAGUUGAUUGCAACGAUACUACAUGAAAGACGGCAUAGGGUUUUUUUAUUGCUACUUCUUGCAUCCCAAAUAUUAUUUCCAUUGAGACUAGUGAUUUAAACGAAACAUUGUCUUGAAUUAUGAAUCAUCUUGAUUGCACUGAAAUCAGAGUUUUGUAUCUAUAAGAAUUAUUUUCUAUCUGUCUUGCUUAUUGUGUUAUGAAUCUAUGUACGUAAAAGUCGAGUUUUUUUUUUAAUCCAAGAGCAAAAUUUAACCGUUCAAUAGUCUAUUC